GUAGCGGGUGAGUUGUUAACCAUUUCAUAAAAUCCUGGAUUUAUAUUGGUCAGUGAUAUAAGAACAAGCAAUUAAAGUAAUUGUGUGCUUUCGUAAUAUUACUAACCUGCAACUAAGCAAAUGUAACAGUCUGGUGAUUCAAUGAAUUGUAGCGCUUACUCGGUGGGAACCUUUGUUACAGGGAGAUGGGGUCUGGUAGGAAGAUGUUGGAGAGCGGGAUUCUGGGAAGAGCUGAGUUCGUGGUACCGGAUGUGUGAUUUUCAAUAAAGUGUGUUCAUUUAGAAGUAAUACACAGUCUACCGAGCAGAACCUCAUUUGAUACUGCGGACAGUUUAAAGAUGGAAUCAGUCCCGAUUAAAGAGGAGCUUCCUGAACUUGAACUGGUCCCCAUUAGACUGGAGUUCUCUGGACUGUCUUCCCUCCCCAUUAAACAGGAGCUCUGUGAGAUGCCAUCUGACAGCAUCAAGUCGGAGGUGUCUGCGAUUAAAGCUGAACGCAAUGAAUUGGAGAUCUCCCAGACAGAAGAACCCCUUCCUGUGAAUGAAGAGGUGCUGGAAAUGCUACCAAGCAGAACCACGUUUGAUGCCUUGGACAAUGUGAAGAUGGAAUCUGUCCCGAUUAAAGAGGAGCUCCUUAAACUUGAACUGGUCCCUAUUAGACUGGAGUUCACUGGACUGGCUUCCCUCCCCAUUAAACAGGAGCUCUGUGAGACGCCCUGUGACAGCAUCAAGCCAGUGGUGUCUGGAAUUAAAGCUGAGCACAACGAACUGGAGAUCUCCCAGACAGAAGAACCAGUUCCUAUGAAAGAAGAGGUGCUGGAAAUGGUGCAUAUUAAACUGGAGCCCCUGAAAGAGGAGGUACUCUUGAAACCAGGGAAGGAAGAAUCCGAAGACUUGAAAGCAGCCCCCACUGAGCUGGGUCCGGUACACCUGCGGGAGUGUAGCGUGGUGCUGGAGAGAAUCUAUGUGAGAAAGCAAGGCUCUGGAGAGGAAGGCUCUCCCAACAGCACGCAAGGAGGUGGACAGGAAGACAGGAGCUCACAUUCAGAGUGCAGUCCAGCAGGUUCCAGUCCAGCAGUUAAAGCAAGGACCCAGUUAAGGAAUUUAAAAAUACUGAGGGGAGAGAAAUUAAAAAAUACCAGAGGAGAGAAACCGUAUCGCUGCUCUGACUGUGGAAAGAGUUUUAGUCUCUCAGGAGACCUUGUGAUACACCAGCGAAUUCACACAGGAGAGAAACCCUAUCGCUGCUCUGACUGUGGAAAGAGUUUCAGGAGCUCAGGAGACCUUGUGAUACACCAGCGAAUUCACACAGGGGAGAAACCCUAUCGCUGCUCUGACUGUGGAAAGAGGUUCAACUCAUCAGGACACCGUACAGCACACCAGCGAAUUCACACAGGAGAGAAACCGCAUUGCUGCUCUGACUGUGGAAAGAGUUUCAGGAGCUCAGGAGACCUUGUGAUACACCAGCGAAUUCACACAGGGGAGAAACCCUAUCGCUGCUCUGACUGUGGAAAGAGGUUCAACUCAUCAGGACACCGUACAGCACACCAGCGAAUUCACACAGGAGAGAGACCGCAUUGCUGCUCUGACUGUGGAAAGAGUUUCAGGAACUCAGGAGACCUUGUGAUACACCAGCGAAUUCACACAGGAGAGAAACCUUAUCGCUGUUCUCACUGUGGGAAGAGUUUCAGUCUGUCAGGAAAUUUUGAAUUGCAUAAGCGAACUCACAAAGGAGAGAAACCGUGGUUUGUCACACUUGAGAAUUAUUGUAUUUCUUGUUCUUAUUGUAUGACUUAUAUUGUAACACUUGAAUGUAGCUAUACCACUGACACAGCCUCAUCAAACCCACCUCUGUGCAGUCCGACUGUAGCAGCUCUGCAGCUGUUCUCAGCCUCAGCCCCUGUGGUUACUGUCUAUGAGCCAGAGCAGUUCCUGCAGAGCUGA